AUGUCAUACACUCAGAAAGAAAUAGUGAGAAGAAUGGGUUUCGGUGCGUUCCUUGAUAUAAAGUUUGAUUCAAUACCUUCUAGAUUGACAUACUACUUGGUGGACAAAUUCACAGCAAGAACAUCGACAAUUAAGACUAAGAAAGGGGGAAUAAAUAUUACAAAGAAAAAGCUUACGUAUGCGGACAAAGAAGUUUCGAAUGGCUAUAAUCUUCGUAGAUCAUGGCCAUUGAUAAAACAUAUUGACUCGGUGGAUUUGGAAAUGUUGGAGGAGCAUGGAUUGCAAAUGGGAAGAUUUGGAACAUUGGAGUUUCGUGGAGAUGAGGAAGUGGAUCUUAUUGAUGUAGAUGAUGAUGAGGAUAAGCUGGUAGAUGUGGAAACAAAUGAAAUGCUAUAUUGUAGGAUCUGUGAUGAUAAGAAAAAAAUUGAAGAAGCAAUUAAGAAGGGGUUAGAAAAUGAUGCAAAUGAUGAGGAGGUAAAAGAGAGGUCACAGAAGGUGCAUCAACUUUUUUAUGCGACGACUAUGGAACCUGGAGAUAAUAGAUCGCCCACAAAUGAAGCGACAAUGAAAACGUCAGUUAAAGUUGUUGUCAAUUCUGAUCAAAGUAAUUUUGUGAAAGGAAGUAGUCCGAUAUGCAAUGUUCAGUCUACCGGAAGGAAUAACGAGAAGACAAAGGUUGUGGAUGUGUGUGACUCACCUUCUGUACUCUUUCUUGAAUAUAAAGGAAAUACAUCGUUGGAUAGUCCAGUUGUUUUGACUCCUGGUUUUUUGAAUAUGUCUGAUGAAAUUGUGGAAAGGAGCAUCACAAAGAAAAAGGAUUUUUGCAAAGAUGACAUACCAUCAUUCAAUUCGAGAAUAACACAAUUGAAUAAGGAAGAUAAAAAUAUGGAUGAUAUGGAAGGAACUAAGGCAGUAAUUAGAUAUACAAAGAAAUAUGUAGCGGAAGAAAAACUAAAGAAAAGAAAUGGAAAAGAUAUUAUGGAAGGUGAAAAGAUCGGGAUUAUGGACGUGGAUGAGGCGGUUAAAGAUGAUGAAAAUGUUGUGGCUCAAAGCAUAAUAACAUGGGGAAAAGAUAAAGGGGAAAUAAUAUGGAAAACUAUUGAAGGUCAUGGAAUGCAUUUGGAAUUUGCACAUACAUUAGCUAUGAGAACAAAAGUGCAUAACAAUGUAAUAGACGCGUUGACUGCUUUCCUUAAUAAAAUUAAGGAACAGAAGUCAGAGGCAUCUUACUCUAGGAUGUACUUCACAUGCGAUACGAUUGUUUUCAUUCCAAUUGUUGUUGAUGAUAGUUACUACCUAGUCUGUUUUUGCUUGAAAACGGUUGCAUUUUAUAUAUUUGAUUACAUUAAGAGGUCGGGGACAAUUGAGUCUGCAUAUGGGAAUAGACCACGUAUCGUGUGUCAAAGGAAAAUAGUUGGUGUUGACUGUGGAAUUUUCCAUAUGCGACACAUGGAAACAUACAUGGGAGAAGCGGCACAUAAAUGGGAUUGCGGUCUAUGUGUUGCUUCUAAAAUACAAGAAAAGAUUUUGGGAUGGUUAAGGUAUAAGUAUCUGUAUAAGUUGAUGAUGUCGGAUUUUAAUGUUAUGAAGCAAACAUUUGUGAAGCAUUAUGCAGUUGUCAAAAAAAUGGACAGGUUUGAAAGGAUGAAGCUGAUUGAAGGUAAGAAGAAAGAAAUCAUAGGUGUGACGCAGUAG